CUGCAUUUCCUAUGCCUAUUAACGAUUAACCAUAGAUCAUCUACCGCGCUCGAGACCAUGACAACGAAUACGACUACAUACGAGAUGGACCCUAGAGACGAGAGGACUCCAAAUCGACAUAAACAAGCACAAAUUACAAGAUGCAACCUCGCGUCUUCUAGCGCUGCAGCUGAUAGCGAUGGAUUCACCGAGCAAUAUUACUUCCUUUAUGGAACUCUAAUGGAUACAUCUACGCUCAGGGAUGUUCUUCAACUUUCCAGUUGGCCAGAGCUCCGUCCAGCAAAAAUUGUGGGCUAUCACUGUAAGCUCUGGGGGCAAUUUCCAGCACUGUUGGAAUCGGGAGAUGAAGUGCAUGGGAUGGCAUAUUGGGUCCAGUCGAUGACAGAGCUUGAACGUUUGAUUGGAUACGAGGGAGAUUUAUACGCUCGGAAGAGAUGUAUGAUUCAUUUCAAUAAUGGCCAAUCACAGGUCCUAGGUAGCACGUUCGUCUGGUGCGGUGAUGAAGCGUUGCUGAAGGAAGGAGAUUUUGACUUGAAAGAUUACCAGAUGAUGAGGUUUGAGAUGACCGCACAACGAUAGCGAAUCUGAUCGGACGUGUGGUGUCGAGUAUUUUGUGACAUAAAUCAAGAAUUUACCUCGCUAUAUUGUCUCAAUGCAAGUGUACUGUACCUAUGGAUUUCCCGAGUCUAGAUACUCGAGUAAAAUGGACGCGGAUCAUGCGG